GAUCAUGAAUGUGGUGAGUUUGUCUGACGGGUGAUACCACAAGUGCGAAACUCUCUUCAAGUCGUUCUUUUCUUGAAAACGUGGUGAAAGAGCACGCUUUCCACGAUGAAGUUCAAUAAACAAGUUUCGUCUUCGCGAAGGAAGAACCGCAAGAGGCAUUUUUCUGCCCCAUCGCACAUCCGGAGGAAGCUGAUGUCGGCACCACUGUCGAAGGAACUCCGACAGAAGUACAAUGUCCGGACAAUGCCAAUCAGGAAGGAUGAUGAGGUCCAGGUAGUACGUGGACACUACAAGGGCAAUCAGGUGGGAAAGGUAGUGCAAGUGUACAGAAAGAAGUUUGUUGUGUACAUUGAGCGAAUCCAGCGUGAGAAGGCAAACGGGACGAACGUCUACGUGGGCAUCCACCCCUCCAAGUGUCUCAUUGUCAAACUCAAGAUGGACAAGGACAGGAAGAAGAUCCUCGAUAGAAGAUCAAAGGGACGUCUGGCUGCUCUGGGCAAGGACAAGGGCAAGUACACCGAAGAAAGUGCUGCCGCUUCCGCAACGGCCAUGGAUACAUCCUAAAUAUCCGGAAAUGGCGCUUCGUAUGAGGAAUAAAGAGGAAGAAGUUUGAGUAUACAAAAA